AUGCUCCCUCUCCAGGAUUUAUGCAAAGCACCAUACAAUCUCACUGUGAUAUUCUUCGAUCAGCUAGGAUCAGGAAAAUCGACGCAUCUACGCCAUCGACUUCUCGACCACGACUUCUGGUCCGAAGAGUUCUUUCUCCACCAGGUAACAGCGGUGAUGAACUACCUGGGCAUCCAGCACAACUAUGACUUGCUUGGUCACUCAUGGGGUGGGAUGUUGGCUACAAUACAUGCGGCUAGACAACCACAAGGCCUUAGGAGACUUGUAGUCGCCAAUGCUCCAGUCGCUAGUAUAUACUGGAAGGAAAAAUAUUAUGACUAUCGAGAACUUAUGCCGGAACCCUACCGUACUAUUCUUAAGGAGCUCAAACCUACCGAGCCUAAGUAUCAGGAGGCUUUAAUGGUUUUUUACAAACGACAUUUUAUCAAUUUAGAUGAUGUGCCUGUGGAACUGAAGAGAAGUUGGAAGGAAAUUGAAGAAGACCCCACUGCCUCAUUGAGCGCAACAGAAAAGCAGGCUGUAUUAACGAUCAUGUCGCUCUCUUUUGAUGGUAGACUCGGUCCCGACGAAUUCGAAAUGACGGGCAGCCUUGCCAACUUUACAGCGGUCAAUGACAUCCAGAAGAUAACAGCAAAGACGCUGGUGGUCACUGGCGUUAACGAAGGGAGCGACCACGAAGAGUCCAUCAGGAUUUUCAAGCAGAUAGAUGGCUGCAUGCAUGUCAAAUUCGAAGGCUCAACCCAUUUUCCACAUUUUGAACAAAGGCGAAAGUUCAUGGACUUGAUAGGGGAAUUCUUAGGAUCUUGA